GGACAAUACAAAUGUCACUUUGUGUACUUCAUCCAUCAAAAAGGAUCAAAUUUUCAUUCAACUCAACAAAAUAAAGCCAAAGAAACUCCAAUUGGAAAACUCUAUUUGUUUUUAAUUUUUCAAAAUAAAAUUACUAUGUCUAUCUCAGAUUACAAUUAUAACGGUUCAACUCUUACAUUUGAUGACCGAUUAAUCGAUUUGGUCAGAGCUCACCCGGCCAUUUAUGAUGUGAACGAUAUAAAUUACAGACGAAAUACCGCUCGUCAGGAAAUAUGGCACAAAAUAUCUCGUAUGCUUGGUGCUUCAUCAAAAAUAUGCCAAGUCAAAUGGAAGAACAUACGUUACAAUUAUUUACAAGAAGUCAAAAACCCCAAAAAUCCAAAUAUUCGACGGAGACGAUUGACACGGGAUUUAUCGUUCCUCAAGUCCACAGCUUUUACAUACAAAAAGAAGGGGGAUAAAAAAUCAGAUUCUGCUUACAUCUAUCGACCAGAGAAUCAAGAUGAUUUCUAUGAAAUAGUCAUGGUCGAACCGAGUGAAGAUGAAUCAACCCAUGGAAUGUCAUCAUCCCAAUAUGUCCCCGAUGCUGAUGUUGAUGCAGACGAUGAGGUUGAUGUUAAACCAAAUAUAAUGGGCGACACAGAUUUAACAAAGGUCACCGCAUCCGACGACACAACACCAACACCUUUUCCAACGAAAAGUCCAGAAAUAAAUGAAGUAGCAACCUCAUCCGUAUCUGAUUUACAAUCGAGUACGCAUCAAAGACGGGAUGCAGAUGAAUGGAAUCAAUCAUCGAGAAGAGAAAUAGAUCGAAGUACAGCUCCAGAUGCAAUCGAGAUGUAUUGUUUAUCAUUGGCCGAUUCGUUUAGAGCUAUGUCGAGAAGUGAGAGAGAACGGGUUAAAUUUGAAUUUGCAAAUAUUCUCAAAGAUGCUCAAUAUCAUGAUAACAGUUAAAUCUAGUUUUAUUUUAGAAGUGUAUGCCUGUUUUGUCUAUUCCAUAGUUUUAUGUUUUUAAACAUUUUGGCCAGUUUCUAAUUUUGAGAAUUCUAAUUAAGAAAUAAUUUUCAAUGAAUUUCUGAUCAGAAAUACCAAUUGACUUAAUUGAAUUGAAUUGAAUUUAUCACAUAGGAUCUAGAAAUGCAAUUGUUUUCAGUGUUCCACAUUUGAUUGGCUUUUAGAACUUCCCCAAAAUCAUUUAUAUCGAGACAAUAUAAGUUUUCUUUAGUUUCAAAAAACGAUAUUUCAUUUUAAAUGAAUUUAAAAUGCAGAACCUAACUGACUAUUUAAUUUUAGUCUUCUUUUUUUUAAACUUUAUUUAGCAAACAAAAAGUUAUUUAAAAAUACAUAUUUUUAUCUUAAAAUCUAUUUUUAACAUCUAUUUUAGUUAGUCUUUUAAAUUUAUCUAUAUUGAAUCCAUUCUUCAUUUCAUUUGGUAAACUAUUAAAAAUAGAUAAUCCUUUUUGCAUUACCAUACUCCUAGUUCUUUGGUUUAUAUAGUUUAAGUUUAAUAAGAAUGGACUUCAUUUACAUAAGUUAAAUUUUCACAUAGAUAAUUUGGCAAGAGGUUAAACUUCAUGUUAGUACCCGUGUCAUGAUGGUUAGAGCGUUGAACUAUCAUGCCAGAGGUCUUGGGUUCGAUCUAUGCCUAUGUCAUCUAAGGUCUUUUCACGGGUACUGCUUCUUGUGAGGAAUUGACAAAUUCUCCAAGAGUAACUCUUGUCAUGAAAAAGUGCUUUCUCAAAUUAGCCGUUCGGAUUCGGCAUAUAAACUGUAGGUCCCCUCCAUUCCUGACAACAUUACUCGCACACAGGAAUGGUUGAGAGUUGUAAGUCACUAGGCCCUAGUUCUCAACGGACUGUUGCGCCACCCAAUUCAAUUUAAUUUUAAUUUAAACUUCAUUUUAUAAACAAAUAACAAUACAUUAAAUAUAAUUCUUUGGUUAAUACUAAGCCAAUAUA